GUGUAGUUUCUCAACAAAUUGUUGUGAAUGUUGUAAACGGAUGUCAUUUAUUUGUGGCCCAAUUGGCCAUCACUUGUGUCCACCGAUUCACUCGACAAUCAGUUCACCACUACUUCACCACUAAUUCACUAUUAGUUAGUGUUUCGCCAUUUGUUGAGAAGUUAUUUCAAGUCUUCAUGUGAACCACAAAUCCCUUCAAAUGAGUGACAAUCACAACACUAAGUCCAAAGACGGCAAGAAGAACAAGAAGAAUAAGUUGCAGGAUGUGCUGCCGAACCCGUUCUUUGGCACCAAAUCCAAGAACAAGAAUCAAAACAACAAUCAAAACCACGGAUCCGAUGGCCAUUACAAUCCCAACCAUUUGGUGCCGACCUCG